ACUUUUCACAAAUGUCAAAGUAUCAAUGAACCAUUCUGUUCACGUCAAUAAAUUCACGCUUUGUUUAUAAAAUUUAAUCUAAUAUGGAUUUGAUUGAUAACGAGAUUAGGCAAUGGGAUGCUGCUGAUGUGAAGGAGCAAUUCGGUGACAACAUUACGCUACUGCCUUUGAAUGACAAUAUAAAGGAGCUCCAGACUAUUCUACGAGACAAAAAUACAUCCCGGAGUGACUUCAAGUUCUAUGCUGACCGUUUAAUCCGCCUCGUGAUAGAGGAGAGCUUGAACAAGCUGCCGUUUACCGACUGCGAAGUGGUCACUCCCACUGGUGCGUUGUAUAAGGGACUCAAGUAUGGAGCGGGCAACUGCGGCGUAUCCAUUGUUAGGUCCGGAGAGGCUAUGGAGCAGGGCCUCCGAGACUGCUGCCGCUCCAUCCGCAUCGGUAAGAUCCUGGUGGAGAGCGACACGGACACGCACGAAGCUCACGUGGUGUACGCCAAGUUCCCUGAAGAUAUCGCCCGGAGACAGGUGCUGCUGAUGUACCCUAUAAUGUCCACUGGCAAUACCGUGAAGCAGGCAGUCAACGUCCUAACCCAACAUGGUGUAAAAGAAGAAAGAAUAAUCCUGUCCAACCUAUUCUGCACCCCAGCAGCUGCCCAGGCAGUAGUAGACUAUGUUCCUAAAAUGAAGAUGUUGACCUCCGAGCUGCACCCUGUGGCCCCCAACCACUUCGGACAGAAGUACUUCGGGACAGACUGAUACGAGGAUGAGUUUGAGUUUUAGGUCCGUAUUAUAAGGUUGUACUCAAGCAUUGGUAAAUGGGGUGUUCCAUGAAGAAGAAACUGCCUUAAUGCAUGGAUUAUCGUUGGUCAUGAACUUUGUAUAGUACAUUUUGUCUUAGACAAAAUCAAGAAAAUACUGUAACAGUGGCAAAUGGCAGUCAUGUUGUAUAAGAGACUAUUGCAAAUGGAAUCCCCCCAGUGUAGAAAUGCAGUAUACAUAUAAUUAUUAGACUAUUCUUGUCUUGUGCAGUCUAGAGGCAUAACAGGCAGGAACACGGUCCAUAUAAAAUGCAAUAACAGAUUUCGCAGUUAAUAAAAUUUAUCAAUGCUUGAAUCGAUCUAUAAUACGGAUCUUAGUUUGUACUUAACGUUUAGUUAGCUUAUUAUUAUUAUUUUAGCAUUUUUUGUGAAGUAUUUUGUGUUAAUAGCAUUAUUUAUUGAAUGAUUUUGGAUAUAAUUUUGAGCAAUAUUUCAUGAAAAUUAAUCUCAAUUUUUAAUGUAUUUUUGUGUAAUGACAAUAUUUUUAUGACGAUAAAUUAUGUUUUGAAUUCUCUAUAUGUAGCGAUUACAAGAUUGUAAUUUAUGCAAUAUUGAAUGUAUUCAAUAGAAUGAAAUUAUAUAAAGGACAGAGAAAAUAUUCUAGAGAUAAUUACAAUAAUUAAUGCAACAUGAAAGAAAACGCUUGAUAAUCAAACACGAUUAGAAUUUUAUACAUUCAUAUAACAAAUAAUAUAUAUUUUUGCAAAAUAUAUGUAUACAUUUAUUAUUCGAUGUCGUUCAAAUAGCUAUCAAAGAUUACAGCUUUAUAUUAACCCAAAUCUCUAGAUUUUUAGUAUUAAGUGAAAUUGAUCUAUUUAUUAGUUAAAUGCUAUACGUUUGUGAUAUUGCCAGAAGUUACUAGUUGAUAAUUAAAUGUAUUUAGUCAUUAUCACUGAAUUGUCUCUUUUGUAAAUAAAAAGUUGAGACCAA